AUGGCAGCACCUCAACCCACGGCUGCUGACAGCCAAGCCACCUCAACAAUCGAAGCCAGCAUCGCGCUCGUCUUUCAACACACCACCUUCGCCCAGUUCGCCAGAGGCUACAAGGCCCUUCGAAGCAUUGCGCUCGACAACACACUUUCAAAUGAAGUCGCGGGCAGAGCCAACAAAGAGGUCCUACAUGCGACUUUGAGAGGAGUGCUUUGGUUCGUUCAUCCAGGUGCCGGCAGACAGGAUGUGGUGGACUUUAAUAAUCUUGCGAGGGAGACGACUGAGCUGUACCGUAGAGCGGAGCCUCCGAGGUUGGCGAGAUCAGCACAGGCGGAGGGGGCCGGCAGUGGCGGCGUUGCUGGCAACAGUGGCGUCGACGAGGUCCAAAUGGGUGGGGAGACAGCUGGUGAGGAUGACGGCGCUGGUGGCGAGGGGAACGUGGAGCCCACUUCUUGA